UCAGUUGUCCGCGCUAUUCUAUUCGGUUAACUGCAAAUCGAUUUCUGCCGUCAUCUAGUCAAGUCAGUGUAAUUGAUAUCAGUUUUACCACUAGUUCGUUGGGACAUAGACUAUUUCUCAGGAUAAUAAGAGAUGAAAUCAAUACAAUGUGAAUGGAACGCCUGAUAUCACCUUCGCUGACCACUAUGACGAUUCGAUAAAGCUAGAUACCGUAGAUCUCAAUCUGUUAUCACUGAAAAAAUGAGCUAAGAAAUGGUGACAAGGCAGCUGCUACCGUUACAACGGGUCCCCGUCCCAGCCGCUUCCAACUUGAUUUACAUCGAUAAAUCACAAUCAACCGCCAUGAUGAACACAUUUAUACCUCAAGAUUUGAGCGGGUACUGCAAGACCCAUAAAAAGGCUACCAGCUGCAUGUCACCAGCAAUGAUGUUUCUGCAAUUGUUGGUGCAUUUGUUUGGUACCGCUCGAGAGACAGAAGACGGUAAGGGGGGGUUUGAUUACUACGACCCCACCCCCCACCAUCAACCUCAAAGCCAUAAUCAUUUUCCUCAUUACUUCAACAAUUUCUUCGAUGACAGCUGGCAUGAUGAUCAUCAACAUCUGCAGGUGCAACCGCCAUAUCAAUUGCAUUUUGGGCAGUUUUUUGAUCACAAUUUCGCCGGCCCGUUUUUGGCCGAGGAAGAUGCCAGAGACUUUUCGUGGAACUUUAAUUUGGGUGAACUGCGUGUGAAUGAGCCACCCGCUUAUGACUUUAUAGUGGUUGGUGCCGGCUCUUCAGGCUGUGUCGUCGCUAAUCGCUUGUCCGAGGUCAAGGAUUGGCAGGUGCUUCUAUUGGAGGCGGGCAUUGAAGAGCCAGAAAUCGCAGAUAUUCCUGCCGCUGCGCCACUACUUCAAAGAAGCAACAUUGAUUGGGGCUACACGACCCAGCCUGAGAAGCACAGCUGUCGGUCGCGGCCCAUGGGGGGGUGUGGUUGGGCCCGAGGCAAAGUCAUGGGGGGAUCAUCCACCAUCAACUACAUGAUUUACACCAGGGGAAACCCCAGGGACUAUGACGAGUGGGCUGAGAUGGGCAACAAAGGUUGGGACUAUGAGAGUGUACUAUAUUACUUCAAGAAGUCAGAGGACAACGAAGACAAGGAAAUACUUCAUCAUAACAAGAAAUACCACGGAAAAGGAGGUUAUCAAACGGUGGAAUGGUUCCCAUACGUUGAUCCCACGGCCCCCUGGUUGAUAAAGGCUUGGCGAGAAUUGGGAUAUGAAGAGCAUGACCUUAACAAUGGAGAAGAUCAGCUUGGAGUAAUGCAUCUUCAAAGCACCUCAAGGCAUGGAGAAAGACUAAGCACAAACGGUGCUUUCAUACGACCGAUCAGGAAGAAGAGAAAGAACCUCACAGUUAUGACUGAAGCACAUGUCACAAGAGUUAUCAUAGACCCUAUCAAGAAAAAGGCUACAGGAGUGGAAUAUGUGAAAGAUGGCAUCACAACUGUCAUAAAUGCCAGGAAAGAAGUUAUUCUGUGUGCCGGGGCACUCAAUUCCCCCAAGAUCCUUAUGCUGUCAGGGGUAGGUCCCCGGGACCACCUACGUUACCACCAUAUACCCGUCAUAAAGGAUUUAGCGGUUGGGAGGAACCUUCAAGACCAUGUAACAACUGAUGGUGUUGUUAUAGCAGUUAAUAAGACAGCCACCACGAAACCCUACAAAAAAAUGGUUCAAGAUGUAUUCCUCUAUAAAGAGAAAAGAAAAGGUCCACUUGCUUCAACAGGGCCUUUGCAGUGUGGAGUCUUUGCGCAAACUUGGUUGGAAAAAUCAUUUGAAUUACCUGAUAUUCAAUAUGCUUUCGACGCCUCUUCAGUUCACGACUUUCUGUAUGAUCCAGAGAACUUCACAUCGCAGAGCAAUCAGCUGCUGGCUUAUUACGAUGCCUUCAAUAUAAGACCGAUUGUGUUGAAGCCAAAAAGCAGAGGCUACCUACUGCUAAAUAACACCGACCCGCUAUGGGGUCAACCGCUCAUCUAUCCUCGAUAUUUCUCUAAUAUCUACGACCUUAAAGUACUUGUAGCUGGCAUUCAACUAGCGCUGUUUAUCCUACAUACUAGCGCCAUGGAGCAUAUCGGUGCCAGGAUAGUGGACUGGCCCGUGCCAGCUUGCAAGCACCUAGAAUUCGGCACAGACGCCUACUGGGCAUGUGUAGUGAUGGAAUACACAGCCACCAUCUACCACCCUGUGGGCACCUGCAAGAUGGGACCUUACGAUGAUCCCGAGUCAGUGGUUGAUGACAGACUCAGGGUUCACGGUGUUUCUAGGCUAAGAGUUGUAGACGCUUCUAUAAUGCCAACUAUAGUUCGUGGUAACACCAAUGCCCCGUGUAUUAUGAUUGGGGAAAAGGCGUCUGAUAUGAUAAAGGAGGACUGGCAUAUCAAGACCCAUGGACCGCAUAAGCAUCAUUAUGAUUAUGAUUCAUAGUGAACGUAGUGAAACAAGGUCAACUACAAUUGCAAUUUCGGACACAUCAAAUCAUUUACCAUUCUCAUAGCAAUUAUGAUGGGACAUGUGGUUGUGAACUACAAGAAUAAGGAGGAAAAUUGAUUCAUUUGUUUGUAGUGUGAUUUAUAUAGUUCAUGAAAUCCUCCUCUAUAGCCUACUGUAUAUCAAAAUUCAUUACAUGCAGAAUCAUAUCACUAUGUUAUAAAGAAUAACAUUACUUUGAUCUUGAUCAGGCUUUUACAGUCUUUCAAAAUAAGACUUGGGAGAGAAUAGCAUGUAAAUAAGGUCUAAUAGCAUAAGGUGAAUAGCAUGU